AUGCCCUACAGAGCAGAGCUAAAAAGACCGGAUCUCAAAGGACAGUUUCCGUGCUCUGUUUGCGGUAAAAUCUUCUGUCAUUCAUCAUCACUCAGCAGGCAUCGGAUGCAAGCACAUUUUAAGAGCUACACGUGCACUCAAUGUAAUCAAGAAAUUUCCAGUAAUGAAACGCUUCGCUCUCACAUGUUUCGAAUCCACAGCAUUUCUAGAAUGUUCAUGUGCAGAUGCUGUAAUUGGGCAUUUCCGGAUAAGACCAGUUUGCAUAUUCACAUGCAAAGUAUGCUACGAAAUGGUACACCUGGUGAGGUUGCCAUACUAGCCAGAAGCUCAACAGAAGACGGGCCCGGUAACUCUCUCGAUGAUUCACCACGGAGUUCACCAUCAUUCCCAACGGAAUCGUUGUUUAAACAUCAAUUUCUUAAUCAUAGCACUAGCAGCAGUAACAGUAAUAAUAACAACAAUGCAAAAACUGUAAACAACAAUGCCGCUAUCAAUUCGAUCUUUCCCACGAUCAUGAAGACGGAGAACCUGCUGGCAACCAUGAAGAAAGGGAAUCUUCUUCCUGCAAUGGAUUUGACAGCUCUAUCCUCAAAUCAAUGGUUAUCUGCAUGGUUGGCAAAUAAUCCUUUUGCUCCUAAUCUUGGUGUCACACAACAAACAAACACACCUGGUAACGCAGACACAACUUUUGAUGUGAGGCAUUCUGAGCUCUCAGAAGAGGUCGAUUAUGACGCACUUGAGAUAAAAAUGGAAGAAGACGAUCUACAUGAUGAGGAUAUCAAUCAUGAUACAAGUCCUACUUCAGUGAUUGUCGAUCCAUGUUGUAUGUCGACUCGAAAAGGAGAAGAUGCCCGUGGCAGCCAGAAAAGGAAAGCAACUCGGCCGCAACAGGUUACCGAUGUCGUUCGUAUCGAAGUUGAUGAUAAGUGUGAACCACCAUGUAAACUUGCUUUGAACAAUAAGGAGCUAGAACAGCCAUCACCUACCGUAUCUGAUUCCCACACAAGCGGAACAAGCAGUCAAGCUGGCGAUACACCAGCUAAAUGUUUUGAUUGUCAAGUUGUCAAGGAGAAAUUAAGCGCUUCUCAGUCAAAAAUGUUGGAAUAUGAGCAGAAAAUUAAUCACCUCGAAGCAAAAAUUGUCGAGCUUCAACGAAACGCCAACGAAAGAAGUCACAAUAAUCCAAACGAAGGUUUUCACACGGAAGGAAAUUCCGAUCAGCAUCAGGUUGUAAUGCCAGCGAUGCCUGCGGUUGCGUUGUUCCCUCAGUUUUCACCGCCUCUUCCGUUCAUGCACAAUCCAGCAGUAAAGAUGUUCUUGCACAAUUUUAUGCAAUCUCAACUUAGCCGACCUUCGUGUUAG